AUGACCCAGGACGAGCUUAGGAUACAGAAGAACGAGAGAAAGGUCGAUAUGGGCCAAGGGGGUUGGUACGUGGAAUGGCCAACUCCAAAGGGGCUCAUCAGGCAAGAGGUGCCGCGGUACGGCAUACACGACAGGACCAUGGCCUAUCCUCAGGUCGCCAUGGCGCUUCUCACGAACCGUAUCUCAAUCAACCAACCUGGCCAGAGCGUCGCCCUGGGCACUGCUCUGGAUGUGGUCGGGUCGGUCAUGAACCAUUCUUGCAACCCGAACGUUUGCCUCUUUUUCGAGGGCAAAGAGCUGCGAGUCAGGUCGUUGAGGACGAUCGAGCCUGGGGAAGAGAUUAUGCACUGCUAUACAGAUGUGCAAUGUGACGUUCUCCUCAGGCAGCGGCGGCUCGAAGAAGACUACUUCUUCGUCUGCUCCUGUCAGAGAUGCUGCCAGGAACUCGAAACCCAUCGACUAAGGACCUCUGACGACAAUGACAGUUUGGAGGAAAUUCGGAAGAAACAGGAUGAGCUGUUCACACUGAUGAAUAAUGUCGUGGUCGAAGCCAGCGCCUCGCUGGGCUCUGUUGACGUCGGUUCGCAGCUGACAGCAGCGCGUAGUCUCGCCGAUGCAGCUUUUCAGGAAGGCCAGUGGCCUGACGACUUGGAGCCGAUGCCGUCACUGCUGAAGACCCUCGGGAGAAUCUGGCAAGCUCAAGGCCAACCCUUGGAAGGCAUCAAGAGCAGUCUGAGAGGCAGCGGAAAUGCCACGUAUCGGCUCGGGCCAAGAUGGUGCGACGAUCUCUUCGAGUUGAUACAGGUCUUCACGCGCGUCGUAGUCCUCCAGACGGACAGCCCGGCCUUCGAGGACAUGACAUUUCCAAGAAGCGCUGAGCUGUGGGAUCUCUUUCACGGAUACUUACAUGAGCUGUGCCUGUUGGCGGAGAGUGUUUACGGCCUAGACACGUGUUAUGCUCGCGCAAUCAGGAGCUGGCAUGACAAUACACUGGAGUUCGCCGAAGAUCCCCUGCCGGGUACACCUGAGUUCCAGCGGCGCUUCAGAGCCUCGCAUGCGAAGCUCUUGACGUGGGCCGGCGUCGACAGCGGCCGGUGGAUUGUCGACCAAGGCUAA